AGAAGGAGAAAAGAAGAAAGCUGAGAAGAAAGUUACCACUGAAACGAAAAAGAAAGCAGAAAAAGAAGAUGCCAAAAAGAAAAGUGAGAAGGAAACUGUCAUUGAUAUGAAAAAAAAAGAACCAGGGAAAUCUCCUGACACUAAACCAGGGACUGUAAAAGUCACAACACAAGCAGCCACUAAAAAGGAUGAAAAGAAGGAAGAUUCCAAGAAAACAAAAAAACCUGCAGAAGAACAGCCCAAGGGAAAAACAAAAUCAACAAAGAAGGAGCAUGCGGCUCCAAGUGAAAAACAAGCAAAAGCAAAAAUCGAAAGAAAAGAAGAGGUUAGUGCUGCCUCAACUAAAAAAGCUGUACCUGCAAAGAAGGAAGAGAAAACAACCAAGACAGUGGAGCAAGAAACUAGAAAAGAAAAACCUGGGAAGAGUUCUUCAGUUCUGAAGGAUAAAGAACUUACAAAGGAGAAAGAAGUGAAGGUCCCAACUUCCCUCAAGGAAAAAGAAUCUGAAACUAAAAAAGAUGAAAAGACAACCAAACCAGGCAAAGAAGUCAAACCUAAACCUCCACAGCCACAAAUCAAAAAAGAAGAGAAACCAGAACAAGACAUAAUGAAACCAGAAAAGACUGCUUUGCAUGGUAAACCAGAAGAAAAAGUUCUAAAGCAGGUAAAAGCUGUCACAACAGAAAAACAUGAAAAAGCUGAGCAUCAACAAAAAGAACCUCUAUCCAUAAAAACAGAAGAAGGCUUUGAAGAUGUCCCAGCUUCAAAGAAAGCUAAAGUUCUGGAGGCUGAGAAAUUCAGUAUCAAGGUGUCAUCAGACUCAGUGUCUAGUGGUGACUUACUUCUCAUGGAUGAUGCCUUCUGUGUGUCCUUACAUGACAAAAGGGGAAGCAGCUAUCUAGAGUCUCUUUUACAAGAGUGUCCGCCUGCUCAUGAGGGAAAAGUCUGCAUGAUGGUCCUAAGGGAAAUUGGUUUGAUCAAGUAUUCAGAAGUAUGUGUUGAAUCAGAAUGCAAACAUGACCAUAGGUCAACACUGCUGUCUGAAGGAGGCUAUAGUUCUCAAUACACAACUUCUUCUGAAUUUCUAGAGAUGCUACGUUAUCUUGUCCAUGGUGCCCUUUUUAAUGAGCAGGUGCCACCACAAAGUGUUUUACCUACUGUUAUGUUAGCAGAAGUCAAUCCUGAUAAAGCUGAGAAUGCCUGGACUGAUAAAGAGAGGUCUUACCAGAAACAUAUCUGCAGGAGGGAUCCAGAGAAGCUAUCUGCGGAACCUGAGGAUAACAACAAUGUGUAUUCUCACUCAAGAAAGAAUACAUUUCAGAAGACACUUAUAAUCUCAGUAGAAAUAGAACCACAGAUAAUACUGGACCUGGGCAGGAAAGAGUUCAGUGCCCGUAAUAGUGACAAUGAGAUUUAUGGGAAUGUUCAGCAGAUUCUGAUGCUCUAA